AUGACUCCAAAAGCUUUCAAGUUUCACUCUUUUGUAAUAGUAGCAAAUGUCCCAUCCACUGAUAAAGGAGCUGACCAUUUGCUCUUCUCAUUCUAUCUCAAGCAUAUGAAGCCACAAUACAAAACGUUGAGUGCUAGCAAGAUUAUUGUAGUGGAGGUCAUAGGUCCAAUCAAAAUCGACAACUUUCCGAAAGCGAAGUUCAAGGUUGUGAGAGAAGUACGAGCCCAUUAUCGCUCACCUCAAGCUGAUGAUUGUUUCGUAUAUUCAACAGGUGGGAAAAUGGAUAUGGAAAUAGCUAAUGUACUACAAAGGAAUCCCUCUGUUCUCCCUAAAGAGGUAUCGGAAGGUUUUGAGAAGUUGAAGCUUGGAAAGAUUUACAAAGAAGGAUUGUAUGUUGUACUUAAGGCACGGGAAGGAAAUGAUGCAGACUUUCACAAGGCUUGUUUCUUUCUACCUAAAAAACACCUGUACACUACCUCUUUCUAG